UGCUCAGUGAGAAAGUGACUGUACUCAAAUCCACACCUCUUAUUUUUUUAUUCUCUCAAUAUACUCAAAUAUUAAAUUUACUAUUUUAAUAAAAUUAAACUUAACUCAUAGUAUUUAUUUUUUUAUACUAUCAUGUUUAAAUUGUUAAAUCAAAAAUUAUAAAAUAGCGUAAAACAAUGUUUUUGUUAAAUUUAAUAAAAUGUUUUGUUUGUUUAGUGAUUGUGGUAAAUUAUACAGAUUCAUAUGGAUUUGGACCAACAAUAUAUCCAGAUGUAUCAGAAAUUCUAUUGAAUGAAAAUGAUCCACUUGAAAUAAUAUGCGAAAGUUCAAGAAAGAUGAAAUUUUAUUAUCCAUCAAGUUCUUCAGUAUAUCAUACAGUAUCGGAUGUAGAAAUAGGUGAAAGCGAGCUAGAUGACAUGAUGAUAUUACGAAGAAAUAAAACAGUACAUGGUGACACCGGUUGGUAUGGAUGUGGACAUGAUGAUGGUGAUGAUGAUGGAGAAGAUAGUAUACGUUGGAUUUACGUUUACGUUAAAUCAGAAACACAUUUAUUUGUGGAGGAAGAUAGUUUCAAAUCAAUCCAUGGUGUAAUUAGUGGCUCAUUGACAAUUCCAUGUCGACCAACAUCACCAGAUUACCAAGUUCUCCUCUCCAGAGAUUACAUGCCACUUGAUCAAAAUGAAAAUAUUAUUUUCAACAAUACUCUGGGUUUUACUUUAAAAAAUUUACAAUUAAAAGAUAGUACUUAUUACGAAUGUACAAUAACAUCAAACAACAUUACUGAGAGUAAUAAUUUUCACAUAAUAGUUCAAAGAGCUCCUUCAUUGAGUGAACCAAUAAUAAUAAAAGAUCCAUUACGUCAUGUAGCAAGAGGACAGAAUUUACGUGUUAAUUGCACAACUGAUAUUGAAAUGGACAUACCAUAUGAUCUGACAUGGAUUUAUCCAGAACACAAUAAAAGAAUAUCAACUCAUAUAUACAGAAAACCACAUGUUAACAUGACUAAUCUAGUUCAUGUAACAAGUGAAUUACAAAUAAAUCAUGUUCAUGAUGAUGAUGCUGGUACAUAUAUUUGCAUGAUAUCAACACGUUCAGGCAACAAAACAGUACCAAUGAGUUUUAUUGUUCAUGAUCCUGAAAAUCAAUUUAUACAUUUAAAAACAAAUCAAUAUUCUUAUCAAAAACGUGAUGGUGAUACGAUUAGAUGGGAUGUAUUUAUUGAUGCAUAUCCAACACCAAAUAUUCAGUGGUUUGAUCCAAUGGGUACUGUUAUAAAAGGCCCAUGGCCACUUUCAGACAGUGAUAAAUAUGGAAUUAAUAAUCUUGAAACAUUAACAACGCUGAUGAUUACUAAUUUACAAGUUAAGGAUAUGGGAGUUUAUACUGUUCAAGCUAAAAGUGAUGAUUCAACAAUUAUUGAAACUCUUAAUAUUACUUUAGAAGUACAUGUUAAACCAUUGACUCAAAAUUUGGAAAAUUUAAAAACGUAUUAUAUGGAAAAUGAAAGUGUAAAAAUACAUUGUCUUGCUGCAGCAUUUCCACUUCCAAAUAUAAUGUGGACAUUUCAGUCAAAUGGUGAUCCUAUGAUUGAUACAUUAACAGAUACUGUUGAAGAUUCCAAAUUGACAUUAGUCAAUUCAACUGUUAAAUUUCAAGCUGUAUCAACUGGAGAUAUAACAUGUACUGCUAGCAAUUAUCUUGGAAGUGAUUCUGUUUCUCAAACUAUAUUUUUAACUGAUGUUCCUCAUGGAUUUGGAAUUAUUGGUCCAACAAAAAAAGUAACAAUUGGUGAUUCACUGGAACUGAUGUGUGGUGUAUCAGUAUAUCAAUCAACUGGUCAAAUUGAAUGGCUAGAUGAUAAUGAUUUACCAAUAAAUCAAAGUGACCCAAGAAUAAAAAUAAGCAAUACAAAAACUGAAUAUACAUAUAGAUCAAUAUUAUCAAUAAAUCCAGUUGAAAAAAUUGAUGAAAAAAUAUACAAAUGCACUGCAAAAAUAAUAAAUGACAAUAAAUUAAAGAGCCAAGAAUAUAUGCUGUAUGUUAAUGAAGCAAUGAAACCAUAUUUUACUUUUACAAAUAUGAAUCAAAGUGAAAGUGUUUAUAAAAUUGGAAAAAAUAAAUUAAAAACAAUUGAACUUGAAUGUAAUGUUGAAGGUAUGCCUGAGCCUGAAAUAACCUGGUGGAAGGAUGAUGUUCAAAUGAACACAAGUGAUCAAACACCAACUGGUAUUUGUGAAUAUGUAUUUUUAAAUAAUAAUCAAGAAUUACAUAUUGAAUAUUUAUAUGAAAAAUGCAGUGGUAAAUAUUUAUGCAGAGCUGAAAAUCGUUUAGGCUAUUGUGAAAUUUAUCAGCAAAUUAUAAUAAAAGGAAAAGAAUAUUCGAAAUUUCAAAUAAUUGCUGUAUUAUCAGCACUAAUUGCUGCACUUAUUUUAUUAAUUUAUUUCUUUUUAAAAAUGCGAAAAGAAAGAAAAUUACGUAAACAAUUAAUGGAAGCUGGUUUAACACAUUUUGAAGAAGGUGCAUUAGAAUGUUUAAAUCCAGAUUUAACAGUUGAUGAUCAAGCUGAAUUAUUGCCAUAUCAUAAAAAAUGGGAAUUUCCACGUGAUAAAUUAAAAUUUGGUAAACAAUUAGGAUGUGGUGCAUUUGGUGUUGUUAUGAAAGCUGAAGCACAAGGUAUUGAUCCAAAUGAACCAACAAAAAUUGUUGCUGUUAAAAUGGUAAGAAGUUCAACUGGUGCAACAUACAUACGUGCACUUGCAAGUGAACUUAAAAUUAUGGUACAUCUUGGUAAACAUUUAAAUGUUGUUAAUUUACUUGGUGCAUGUACUAAAAAUAUUGCAAAACGUGAAUUACUUGUUAUUGUUGAAUAUUGUCGUUAUGGUAAUUUGCAUAAUUAUUUAAUAAAACAUAGAUCACAAUUUAUCAAUCAGAUUGAUCCAGUAACUGGUAAAAUUGAUAUAUCAAUUGGUUUUGAUAUUUUAAAUCGAUCAUCAAGUGUUGGAAGCAAUAAUAGAAUUAAAUAUGCAGCACUGUCUUUUUCUCGUAGUCUUAGUGUAGGCUCAUCAAGUGAUCGUGACUCAGUUGAUUUAUCAUUACCCCAUCAAAUUGAUUCAAAGGGUGUCAGUAUGUCACCAGAUGGUAUGGUCCUCAGUAAUAAUUCUGUACAACCAGGAUGGAGAUCAAAUUAUCGUGGUGAUUACAAAGAUAAAAAUAUUAAACCAAUAUGUACACAAGAUUUACUAUCAUGGGCAUUCCAAGUUGCUCGGGGCAUGGAAUAUCUAAGUCAACGAAAAGUUCUUCAUGGUGAUUUGGCUGCUCGAAAUAUACUUCUUGCUGAAGAUAAUAUUGUUAAAAUUUGUGAUUUCGGUCUAGCAAAAACAAUGUACAAUGAUGAUAAUUACAAAAAACAAGGUGAUGCACCAUUGCCAAUAAAAUGGAUGGCAAUUGAAUCAAUAAGAGAUAGAAUAUUUUCAACUCAAUCAGACGUUUGGUCUUUUGGUAUUGUACUUUGGGAAUUUUUUACACUUGCUGAAACACCAUAUCCAGGAAUGGAAGCUGAGAAACAAUAUUUAAAAUUAAUUGAAGGAUACAGAAUGGAAAAACCAGAAUAUGCUACAAAUGAAGUUUAUAAUAUAAUGAAUAAAUGUUGGCAAGCAAAGCCAUUGUUGAGACCAACAUUUACUGGUCUUGUUGACAGUAUUGGUGAUUUACUUGAUGAAAGUGUUAAAAUGCAUUAUGUUGAUUUAAAUACACCGUACAUUGACAUGAAUACAAUGCUUCAUGAUGGUACAAAUAAUGAUUAUUUAACAAUGAUGUCAGCACCAGAUCAUGCAACAAUAUCAUCAGCAACAAAUGAUUAUGUUAAUCAGCCAAUAAUUGAUAUUAAUAAUAAAGAUACUUCGUAUAUUUGCAUGAGUCCAAAUAGUCAUAAAACUGAUGAUUCAGGUAUAUUCAGUCCACGUGAAAAAAAUAAUGAUGAAAUACAUUUUAAAUUUCCAUCAAGAGAAUCACAAUCAAAUUUAAAUUCUGAUUCUGAAUCAGAGGCACUUGAGCUAUCACCAAUGCUCAAGAAUGAAGAUGAUGAUAAUUAUUUAAAGCCAAUUAAUGUACAAGCAAGAAGAGAAGAAUUUGUUAAACAAAGACAAGCCAUGAAAUUAAAAGCUGAAGAAAAAGAUAAAUUAAAUUCAAGAGAUUCUGGUUAUUGUAAUACACCAAGUAAUUUAAAAAUUCAUCAUGAUUUUGAUUCAUCAUUAAGUGAUUAUAAAAUGAAAAAAAAACAUAAAUAUGAUAUGACCAAAGUACAUGAUAAUUAUGUCAAUGUGCCAACUGAUGUUGAUGAUGAAAAAUUUAGUCAAGAUACACCAGAUAGCUUUACAAAUCCUAGUUAUAUUCAUGUGGCUAAUAUUCCACACACAAAAAUAUAAGUACUUUAUUAUUGCAAUUAAAAAAUUUAAUUUUAUUUUCUUAUUUUGAAAAUAAAUAAAAAUCCUGUGCCAUGUAGUAUUUUUCUUUUUUUUUUUUUAUACAUGUUUAUAAUAUUUUUUCUAUGUGUCUAUGAUUCACAGUGUGCUGACACCACCGGUCAAUCGAACAAUUCGAUUUUUAUAUUUUUUAGAAAUAUCAAGUUCGAUCUGAAAAUAAUAAAAAUAUUUUUUUAAAAAUAGA